GUCAGCUGUCAUUUCGACAGUGACAUACCACGGGUUUUCAAGUCAAAAAGUAAAGAAAAGUAAAACUACUGUUUCGUUACCCUUCCGACCCCUUUUCUUCACUAUUUGCUGUAUAUAAACUCGUUACAAUGUCAAUGAUGAAGACUAAUAUGCUGGUGCGCUCUCUUAGCACAUCGUCGACUGCGGCUCAGCUUGUCAAACCUCCUGUACAAGUUUUUGGUUUGGAGGGUAGAUAUGCAUCCGCUCUAUAUUCGGCAGGUACAAAAAGCAAAAGCUUGGAUGCAGUUGAGAAAGAGCUCACACAAUUCCAGAAGUCCAUUCAAACUGAUGCAAAACUGAAGGAGUUCCUCAUUAACCCCACUCUUAAGAGAAAUUUAAAAGUAGAUGCUUUAAAACAUCUUGCUUCUAAAACAAGCCUUUCAGCUACUACAGGCAAUCUAUUGGGACUAAUGGCUGAAAACGGGCGCUUAGGCAAAUUAGAGGCAGUUAUCAAUGCAUUCAAAAUCAUGAUGGCAGCUCACCGUGGAGAGGUGACUUGUGAGGUCAUCACUGCCAAACCCUUGGACCAGGCUCAAAAACAAAAUCUGGAAGCUGCAUUGAAGAAAUUCCUAAAAGGCAAUGAGACCCUACAACUUACUGCCACAGUGGAUCCAUCUUUGAUUGGAGGCAUGGUUGUUUCAAUUGGUGACAAAUAUGUAGAUAUGAGUGUUGCCAGCAAAGUAAAGAAGUAUACAGAACUCAUCAGUGCUGCUGUUUGAACAAACAAAUAAUCCAGUUUAUUGAUCAUGUAGCAAAUAAUUAUUUAUCUGUAUGUAGUCAUGUUCAAUGAUUUUAAGUAAAGAUCCUCUACAACAUGGC